AAAAUAGUGAAUAGGCUCAAUAAGUUAGUAGCAAAAAUUGGAUACCCUUCUCCCUCGUAAAGGAAACGUUUCGUUGUAUUGUCCAUUCUCGUUUUGGUCGCAACAAGUCGUCGCAAAGCCAAGAGAGCAACAAAAAGAAAAUCCCAACCUCGGAGCUUCGCUCUCUUCUUUGUUUCCAUCCCCUUCAUCCAUCAAGGAAUCGCCAGAAAGAAUCUCGUCUUCUGAAACUCCCCUGAGUUGGUGGUGGUGGAGGUGUUAUACAAGAUGGGGAAAGGGCGCAUCGAUAUGGAUGCAAUGACUCGUCGUCUAAAGAACCGUGAGAGGCAACGUAGAUACAGGGCACGCAAACGCCUUGAAGCAGAUAUGGACAACGGUUCAAGGGUGGUGAGCCGGCCCAUGCAUGUACAACCGGAGGUUAUAGUAGAAAACCGUCAAGAAAUGAGUUAUGUGCCUCGUGUUCAUUCGACUCGAAAAUGGAAGAAGGAUGCAAGAAGAAGAAUAACUCAUUUAGGUACUAGUUCUGCAGAUAAACGUGCUGCUGCUGUAAUCUCUGAUCUGGCCACCUCAAAUAAUGGAAAAUCAGCACAGCCAAUUUCGACAUCUGAUGUUCAGGUGGCAAGCAAUGGACUCAACAAGCCAAAGCUUGGUCGAAGAAACUGGAAGGCCGAAGCGAGGAACAAGAAGUGAUAAAGAGCGAGCAUGCAGCAUCCGCGACUUGUAGUUUGUUGUAUAAUGACAGUGUCGAACUGUGAAGUUUGCUAAUGGCGCGAUAUGUAUUGAUCGAUAUAUAUCGUAGUUGGGAAUGGUUUGCAUAUGAGAUAGAAACUCUUGGUUUUUUUACUGUGCAAUGUGGUAAGUUCUUGCAGGUUGCAGGAUAAUAGAUAUCAGAAGGCAAUGUUAAGCUCACUCACCCGACGAUUCCUUAUAGCUUCCCAUGUCAGUUGUUAGGUUCGUGGUUCUGUUGAUUCGACUUGUUGAUACUAUUGUGGGUUGAUUAUUAAUAAGAACUCUUUUCAUUAUUAAUUUGGG